AUGCUGCCUUUGGGAUUUUUCGAGCCCCGAACGCAUGCUAGUGAUGGCCGAUGGCCGUUAUCCGAAGCCUUAAUUAUCCUGCAAAGUGUGGUGCAGCAAGAGCAGCAACACCGGGACCUAGAGACUGAAGGCAGCGAGGCUUGCAUUGCCUUGCGCUCUUUCGGGCUGAUCGGCAUGUUCGCGGCCGAAGAUGUUGUGCCAGGAUACCAGCACGGCAUGCGCAUCUCCAAGUACGAGUUUGAACAGCUCCUUGUGGAGCCACAGACCCUCGGAGCGAUUUCCCGUGAGCUCCCGAGAAAGCUUUACACACAGAACUACAUUGUGAGAAGAACCAAAAAGAUCGCACAGGUGGUGGACGCCGUGGGCGUGGAUGUCGUUAUCCUGUGUGACAUGCUUGAGAUCAUUUAUGAGGACGCUCAGAGGAAGGGUCAGAUGGGAAUGCAGUUUGAAGAGAUGGUGGAGUUGGUCCUGAGCAUGCGUGGCUCGAACCCUGCAACGGUCAAGGACGUCAAAGAGGUAGUGAGGAUAAACAAGAUCCUCCUCUAUGACCUCGAGAGGAAGCUCACAGA